AGUCAAAGGUGAGGGAUUUUGCUUGCUUUUGGAAUGUGGCCUGGAGGUGAAAGAUUACGAGAGCGACUGUGUUAGAGAGAGAGAGAGUGCUGAAGUUGCAGAGACCAAGCUUGUGGAAGUGUGUCCAUGAUAUUAAAUGUGAAUUUUAAAGGUAGAAUCACAUUGCUUCACCAAGACAAAGUUGGUGAAAAUCUGUUGGUGAAAAAAGUUUUCCAGAAUGGGACUCCAGAAGGAGGUACAGACUAUGACGCCUUCGGGAGGGGCUGAGAGAAGAGGAGAGGCUGAGCUAGUAGUUGUAAAAAACAUCGUGGGAGAGGAGGAGGAGGAGGGUGACGAAAGACAAGAGGCGGAUCAGAGGGAGGAACGUCGAGAAAGCCCGGGGCAGAGGAGGAGUGCAGUUGGAAAGCCCAACAGGUGGCUUUACCUGAGCAGCACGGGGAAUGGGGGGUGGAGGAAAGGGGAGGUACUAGGAAUGAGGACGGACCAGUUACCUCCUUUACUCCAGGACAGCUGUUUGAAACAAACGUCUGCGGAAGACUUUGACUUGGCUAGGGAAGAUAAAUCAUGGACCAGAGAACUCGGUGCUGAUGUUUGCCACAUUCCCAUUAAGGAACUAAAUUGUAAUGCUGUUUUUCUGGAAAAUGCAACAGAACCUCAUGUGGCGGUCUUGCGAAGGCCUGCACAUGGGCUUCGCCUCCUGGGCAGCAGAAGAGCCGUGAGCAUGUACGUCUUCCCAGACGAUAACAGGACACACCAAAACACCGCGAUCAACCACCAAGACAGCUCUACAAAACCUCUCAAUGAUUGUUUGUUGACAGUUACCCACUCAAACAGCAAUCUCCUGCCUACCACGAUCCUAAAUAACCAAGGUUGCCCAGAUGUGGUCCAGCGGUGUAGGACAAGACGUGCCGAGCUGCGUGCGAUAGACGGUCUAAAACCAGACAUGCCACCUUCUGUCAGCUUGUUUCCUCUUCCACUAGAAGAACCGCCAAUAAGUCGGACUUUAAAAAGCAAGAACAAACCGCGGCCUGUUAGCAUGACUGUUCUGGAGCUUAACAAAGAGCGUAUUGGAUGCCGGGAUAAGCUCGCAAACGAUGCUUCCACUUUCACUGGUAGUUUGCCUCGUGCGGGCUUCCGAUGGAGAUGGUUUGGUCGACAGGCAACUGCUAAGGAAGUGGUGGCGAAACAAACUUCAACAAGGCUAAAGGAACCCAAGAAGACAGAAGAACCGAAGACAACAUUCGGAUCCCUCCGGAGGAGCUUGAGUCUAAGGAUGAGGCGGAAUCGUAAUCAUCCCGAGCAAGAGAAUCGGACUGAAUGGAGACGCACUUCAAGUAUCGGAGAACAAUCUAUGCAAACCACUCGCCCAUUUUCCUAUCUUACUGGCAAGAUGUUAGCGCCAGCUCAUGAGAAAGAUGAGGAUCGAGGGGCCACACAGUGCAUUCAGUACCAAACUCGGGGCAGAGUGGCCAUCUUGGAGGUCCCUCUCAAUCCUCCCAAACUAACAAAGCCCACCAAACAUUUGCAACCUGAGACUAGUUUUUGGCAGCUAAUUACUAGUCGUUUUAAGAGGAAAGACCCAUUGUCCGGCAACAAAUCUGAGCUGUGCACUGAAAGCCAAGCAGUUGGCAGCCACCCCCCUGCAAGAAAUAAAAAGCCAGAUUCUGUUGCUAUAGAGACUCUAGCUGGCAUUGGUUUCUGCAAAGGUCAAGAUUCAUUCGUUAACAGUCAGGAAUGGACAUUAAGUCGAUCAGUACCAGAGCUCAAAGUGGGCAUCGUGGGAAACCUGUCCAGUGGGAAGUCAGCAUUAGUUCACCGGUAUCUGACAGGAACAUAUGUCCAGGAGGAGUCGCCCGAGGGAGGGAGGUUUAAAAAGGAGAUUGUGGUGGAUGGACAGAGUUAUCUCUUGCUGAUCAGGGAUGAAGGCGGCCCACCAGAACUGCAGUUUGCUGCCUGGGUGGACGCGGUGGUGUUCGUCUUCAGCUUGGAGGAUGAGAUCAGCUUCCAGACAGUUUAUAACUACUUCCUGCGUCUCUCCAGCUACAGGAACACGGCAGAGGUUCCCAUGGUGCUCGUGGGGACCCAGGAUGCCAUCAGCGCUGCCAACCCAAGAGUGAUAGAUGACGCCCGGGCUAGGAAGCUGUCCAAUGACCUGAAACGCUCCACGUAUUAUGAAACCUGCUCCACCUAUGGUCUUAACGUGGAGAGAGUCUUUCAAGAUGUUGCUCAGAAAGUGGUGGCACUGAGGAAAAAACAGCAGCUUUCGAUUGGUCCGUGUAAAUCUCUGCCCAACUCUCCCAGCCACUCAUCCGUCCCAGCCGCGUCCAUCCCCUCUGUACACAUCAAUCAGGCUGCUAAUGGAGGAGGUGCAUUCAACGAUUACUCCUCCUCUGUUCCUUCCACCCCCAGCAUAAGCCAGAGGGAGAUGCGCAUCGAGACGGUGGCCGCCUCCAACACUCCCACACCCAUCCGCAAGCAGUCCAAACGGCGCUCCAACAUCUUCACAUCAUGGAAAGCCAGUGAUCAGACAAAGAGCAUUGAGAAUAAAACUGACAGUAUAGGGAGUGGAAGGGCCAUACCCAUCAAACAGGGGAUUUUGUUAAAAAGAAGCGGGAAGUCACUUAAUAAGGAGUGGAAAAAGAAAUACGUCACGCUGUGUGACAACGGUCUGCUCACGUACCACCCCAGUUUACAUGACUACAUGCAGAACGUCCACGGUAAAGAAAUCGAUCUGCUGCGGACGACAGUGAAGGUCCCGGGGAAGAGGCCGCCCAGAGCAGUGGCAACGGUCGCCCCUACAGCCAGCCCCAAAACCAACGGACUGACCAAAGACUGCACUUUACAACUCGGCAUCGGGGCCACAAGCACUCCUCACUCGAACAGCAGCAGUUCCCUGCAGUCCGGGGGUUCGGCGGCCGGUGUGGCUUUGGGAGCUAGUAAAGAGGGAAUGCACCAGCGCUCGUUCUCCGUGUCCAGCGCAGAACAGUGGAGUGAGGCUGUUAUCAGCACCACCGCAGCCAAUGGGAUGGCAGAUCCUCUCAGCUCCGCCCCUGGCAUGAGCAGCGCCACCAGUCCCAAACUUGAGCCUCCACCAUCACCUCACGCCAACCGCAAGAAACACAGACGGAAAAAGAGCACAGGCAUCACCAAACCGGACGGCCUUUCUGCAGGGAAUGAAGAGCAAGAGGAGUCGUUUGAGUUCAUCAUUGUGUCCCUGACGGGUCAGAUGUGGCACUUUGUGGCGUCCACGUAUGAGGAGAGAGAGCUCUGGGUUCAGGCCAUCGAGAGCCAGAUAUUUGCCAGCCUACAGUGCUGUGAGAGCAGCAAGAACAAGUCUCGAUUAGGAAGCCAGAGUGAUGCAGUGACCAUCCAGUCCAUCAGGAACAUGAGGGGAAACAGCUUCUGUGCAGACUGUGACGCUCCCAAUCCGGACUGGGCCAGUCUGAACCUCGGCGCUCUGAUCUGUAUCGAGUGCUCCGGGAUGCACAGGAACCUGGGCACCCAUCUGUCCCGCGUACGGUCUCUGGACCUGGACGACUGGCCUGUGGAGCUCAGCAUGGUGAUGACGGCCAUCGGGAACGCCAUGGCCAACAGUGUAUGGGAGGGCUGUGUGGAAGGAUACACCAAACCUGGGGUGGACAGCACCAGGGAAGAGAAGGAGCGCUGGAUCCGGGCGAAGUACGAGCAGAAGUUGUUCCUGGAGGGGCUUCCUCAGUCAGACGUGCCUCUGGGACAGCAGCUCCUGCGGGCCGUGGUGGAGGACGACCUGAGGCUGGUGGUUCUCCUGCUGGCCCACGGCACCAAAGAAGAAGUCAACGAGACGUACGGCGACGGAGACGGACGUACCGCCCUGCACCUGUCCUGCGCCAUGGCUAAUGUGGUCAUCACACAGCUGCUCAUCUGGUACGGCGUGGACGUGAAGAGUCGCGACGCCCGCGGUCAGACGCCGAUGUGCUACGCCCAGCGAGCAGGAAGUCAAGAGUGCGUCGACAUCCUCAUCCAACACGGUUGUCCAUGUGAUGACGGCGGAGGACUGUCGACACCCACGGCCACCCGACACAAUCCCAACAUCAACAACAACGCUCAAUGCGAGCUGAACCGUAGUGUUAGCAUCAUGUGAUCGUGACCCACAGUGUCUCUAGUGUGUGAUGUUGAUGUUCCCAUAGAUGCUGCUCUCGUAAAAUAGCAUCAUUUCCCUCAGCAGUACAGUACGUCUUUAUUAGGAAACUGUGCGUAGUGCCACGUGUGUCACGUAAACCCAUUACCCUCAUGACGACGUCCUGUGACCAAUGUUAGCAUACGCCGAGAAUUAGCAGUGUUAACAUGUUAUUUUUAAGCUGAAGAAAAUACGUUUUUAAGGAUACUUUUUUGUGUGUGUAUAGAACUAAAAAAAAAUGAAAUGAUGGGCAAUAGGUUCUUAAGAUAAGUUUUAUUUUUUAUUUUUAAGUUACAUCGGUUUAGAAAUAAUCAGACGACAGUAAUGCAUUGGGCCCAUGUGUUUAUGUCCAUAAGAACAUUAAAUUAUGUUGUUAAAGGGGAAGUUCUGUUAAUAUUUACUGUCCCUCAUGUCAUUCCAAACUUCUUUCUUCUGCUGAAUACAUACACACACACACACACACACAAAAGAUGUUUGGAAGAAUAUGGGCAACCAACGAGUUUUGGUUCGCAUUUUCAAGUCCAUAUACAAAAUAGUUUGAUUACAAUGCCUACAUUCUUCAAAAUAUGUUCUUUUAUGUUCCACAAAACAAAUAGUCAUACAGGUUUAAAAUGGCAUGACGGAGAGUAAAUAAUGACAGAAAUUUCCGUUUUAGAUGGACUACAGUAUACCAUUAAAUCAGCAAUUUUGGUGAAACCUGUCAAAGACGUGUCUGUGUAUUGCACCUUGAAGUCAAAAGGAAAAAAAUGUAUUUAAUACUUUAAUUUUAAGGUUUAAAUAAGGGGGUAAAUAUUUUAUUUUAAGCACUACAAUAUACUUUAUUACAAUAAUGAGAAUGAUAUUAAAAGAAACAGAAAAAUGAAUUAAAAAUAUAUACAAAUGCAUUUCAGUAAUGAAAAUUUUGGUGGAUAAAAUAUUCCUUGAUUUUUCUUUUGAAUGCAAAAUAUAUUUUCUCAUUAUUUUAUUUUGACUUUGAGGUGACCAGGAUACAGUAUGUUUUACGCAAAUUACCAUAAAUGCUUCACUAAAUUCAACUGAUUUUUCUGAUUUAUGCUUAAAAAAAAACAUUUAAGUGCAUAUUUCACUAAAACUUCACACAUUUUAUAGUUGUACUACCAUUGUGCCCUUAAACGAAGCUCAAAAACGCUAAGGCUACUGGGUAAAGCAUUACCAUGUGUUGCAUCAGUGCAAUAUAACAAAACCCAAAUCAUCAUACUCUCUGCUAUUUUACAUUUAGCCUUUAUGUGAUUGUCUUGGAAGGGCUUGAUAAAUACUGUGUUAUUGCGGAUGCCUUGUGUGAAUCAUUUCUGGACCGGUAUGAAGUGUUCUUCUAAUUGUUUGAUACUGACGUCCCUCUCCUGCCUAAUGACAGAUCCAUUCAGUAGCAGCGGACGGUACCGACACACUAGAUUACGAAAUAAGACCAUCUCGCCGUUUACUCCUGUGAGAGUGUGUUUGUUACGAGUCUAAUGACCUCCACACUUGUGACUGUGUGGCUGUUUUUGUAUCCAUUAGAAUCCAGACGUGUGUUUCUAAUCGAAUGGGAUCGUGAUGUGGAUAAUGUACAGAUGUGUGUAGAAAAUAGCUUUUCCUGCUCCCUGUUGCAGCUAGUUGUGUGUCGUGUGGGCAAUUUCUGGAUGAGAUGGCCGUUAUGUACCCAUCUGAAACCUAUCAGCCUUAACCCUCGUUUGCUAGUGUGUAUGCCGUCAACUUUUACUUGAAAUAUGAAAUCAUGAUUAAAACUUAUUUAAUAUUUGGCACAUGUGAGUUAAAGGGAACGCGGUAAAGCGAGAGGGAGAUGUUGAACCUUCCUUACCAGACAGUAUUUUAAGUUUUCUAGCAGGUACAUUUUCUUUCUUAUUCGAGUCAGAGUUGUACAUGCAACCCUCAUCUAACUAAGCUUUAGGAGAAUUGCCAUUGAUUUUAAAUGCAACGUCAUUUAAUUCUGGAGGCUCAUCCCCAACAACAUGCAUGGAAAGUUAACCUGUUGUUCUUCAAAAGCGAAUAUGUAUCACUUUUUUUUUUAAUAUACGCUGUGCUUGGGCUCCUUUGUAAAACAUGAGGUUGCUAAAAUGAGAUUUUGGGAAUAUGGCAGUUGAAAAUUAUAAACACUUGCCCAUCAUGCCGGUUUAUUGAAUGUUGGGAUGAGCCCAUGAAGUUCCUCAAGUAGCCAUAUAGCAGAAAGAAGCACCGUUUUGUUUUAAAGUUGUUUUUGGUACCUGGUUUUGGGUCUCAAUGUGUCCACAUUGUCUGGCCGUUAAGGUACUUUGUGUAUUAUAUGUACAUUUGACAUAUUUAUAAAAGCAAGAUGUAAAUAAUUCCUUUUGGUUGUUGCUUUUAUUGAGCUGUUUGAUAACUUUCUGUCCGUUCUUUUAUUUUGCCAUUGUUUUUAAAUGCUCCUUCUGAACAUGAGGGAGAACUGUCAUGAGAGUUAGCUGUUGUGUGAUUGGAUGCUUGGCUGGCUAUCGACAUAAUAAACACUCCAAUAAAAUGAUUUAUACCAUGAA